UCCCAUUAGCUAAAAACGAUCUCAAACCCCACUGACCGGAGACUCCGAUCUCAUCUGACUGACUGAUCACACGAUCUGAGGUCUGAUCAUGUUCCCUUUCACACACAAAAACAUUUCCAGCACAUCAUGACCUCUCUCUCUCUCUCUCUCAGUAUGUUCAAUAUCAGGGGCAUGAUUGCGCGUUUUUAUAACAUUGCAAAAAAUCUCUCUUUACGUUAACCGUUAUGUUAUUUAGUAAAAGACAGAAACUUGAUGUGUGGUAAAGUUGUUUUUCAUUCGUGUCUUGCUCUUCCGGCUGUUGCUGGAUUAUCAGACGGGGUAUUUUUAACGGGGAUUUACGGACAGACGCGCAGCGGAAGACUCGCGUCUUACGCGCUUUUAACGGAGCUGCGCGAGGACACUCGCUCAUUCGGCUCGUGGAAGCGCGCGCAGUAUGUCUGUGAAGCACGCGAACAUCCCCUGGAGAAACAACAACUUCAGUCUGAUGAGCAGCGAUCAGCCUCUGUCCGAUCAGGGCGAGACCAUCAUCGGCUUUUAUCUGCUGAUUCUGGGCUGGUUGUCGUGGUUCGGGAACAGUAUCGUGAUCUUCGUCCUCUUCAAACAGAGAUCAUCUCUGCAGCCCACAGACUAUCUGACUCUCAAUCUGGCCAUAUCUGACGCCAGCAUCUCUGUGUUUGGAUAUUCCAGAGGAAUCCUGGAGAUCUUUAAUGUUUUUAAGGACAAUGGAUACCUCAUCACAUCAGUGUGGACGUGUCAGGUGCAUGAACGUUUCAGUCCGUCUGUACACACAAACACACGUGACGCUGAUGAGAAAUUAUACCUGCCAUUGUAA